AUGAGCGAGUCCGUGUUUGGCGUCUAUCUGCGUGGCGAAACCCAUGAUACCGUGGUGUCGCCGUCUAUGAUGAAGACUAUUCUCUCUUCGGCGGACGCAUCGAGUGUCCCUGCACUCGAUCAAGCCCUGCAGAACGUCUUUGGUGAUCGCAGUCUCGUGCGCAACUUGCAGUUACCUCGUAACCGGGAGAUCAGUGACGAUGUCUCCGGGAUCAUGAAUCGGGAGCCAUUUAUCAGUGAUGCCUCAGCUGGGAUCGUCAGACUGGUGCAGCGCAACACCCCCGGCUUAGUGACCUUCAGCCGAAGUCCUGUUGACCAAUUCACCUGGGAGCGCGAAAGCCAUGUAUCCAUGUCCGAGGAAAACCAAUCAACCUGUGAAGCGAACCUCUUUUCGCUUGUGAGAAGCUUUGUGGGCCAGAACAUGAGCACGCUGCUCAUGGGCGAGACUUUUGUCGAAAAUUUUCCUACUUUCCUUAGCGAUCUGUGGACGCUGGACAAUAACUUUGUCCCACUGUUUAUAGGCCUGCGUCGAUGGGUGCCUACCACCCCGAAUAUCUCGGCGGGCUUUCCUGCGCGCAGUCGGCUUCUUCACAUCAUGUCAGUCUUUUACCGGGCGUUCGGUGCCUGGGAUGACGGAAUCGAUCCUGGUUUCGAGCUCCGCGAGCUCGACGAUGUAUCCGACCUGGUAAAGCAGCGGAUGCGGAUCUUCCGCAAGAUGGAACUCUCUCCAGGUGCCAGUGCAGCAGGGAACCUAUCUCUGUACUGGGACGUGAUCGAAUAUACCACUAAGCUCACAUUCUGGACAAUUAUCCACAUCUUGGCCGACAGCGAGCUUCUAAAGGAGAUCCGGAAGGAAAUAUCUUCCUGUGUGAAAUCUUCCCGGCCCAGCCUCCAGGAAACCGGCUUCCCCUUCGACGAGCCGCCCAGACUUGGCUUAGACCUCGAAAAAGUGCUGACCGCAUGCCCACUCCUCAGGGCAUGCUACUACGAAAGCAUUCGUGUCCACUCCGCCGGAAUCUCCUUCAGGAAACUGGAAUCCGACAUGACCGUGACCGAGUCAGCGGAAGACGCGGCACAGCCUCGUACCUACAAGUUCCGCAAGGGCGCGAAGGUGAUCAUGCCCCACGGGGUCUCCUACAAUGACCCACAGCGUUUCUCGAACCCUGAUCAGUACGACCCUCUCCGAUUCAUUGUGACGGACCCGGUGUCCGGCACCCAGCAGGCCAGUGCUGCUAGCCUUGGCCCCUUCGCAGACGGAUUAUAUGGCUCUAAAAACAAUGCUUUGACUGAACGCGCUAUCUUGGCGUUUACCGCGGGCAUUGUGUCGAUGUGGGACAUUACUUCCGCGAAUGAGAGUGGACUUGCGGUCCCUAAAAAUUGGAAGACGUGGGGAACUUACCAGCCCGCGAGGGACGUGAGGGUGAAGCUGAAAUUGAGAGUAUAA